AUGUCAACAGAACAGCUUCAGGAUGUCCAGGAGGCGGAAAUCGAGUCCAACUGGGACCAAAUCGUCGACAACUUCGAUAACAUGGAUCUGAAGCCCGAAUUGCUUCGGGGCAUCUAUGCUUACGGUUUUGAGCGCCCCUCUGCCAUCCAGCAGCGCGCGAUUGUCCCCGUCAUCAAGGGCCACGAUGUCAUUGCCCAGGCUCAGUCCGGUACCGGCAAGACUGCCACCUUCUCCAUCGCCAUUCUCCAAAAGCUCGACCCUGCGAUCAAGGGCACGCAGGCCCUCAUCAUUGCGCCGACGCGUGAGCUCGCGCAGCAAAUCCAAAAGGUCGUCGUCGCCCUCGGCGACUACAUGAACAUCGAGUGCCAUGCCUGCGUCGGCGGCACGAACGUGCGCGAGGACAUGGCAAAGCUGCAGGAGGGCGUGCAGAUCGUCGUUGGCACCCCCGGCCGUGUGUUCGACAUGAUCAAUCGCCGCGCGCUCAGGACCGACACCAUCAAGAUGUUCUGUCUGGACGAGGCCGACGAGAUGUUGUCGCGCGGAUUCAAGGACCAGAUCUACGAGGUCUUCCAGCUGCUCCCGCAGGACACCCAGGUCGUGCUGCUCUCGGCCACCAUGCCUGCGGACGUGCUCGAGGUGACGAAGAAGUUCAUGCGUGAACCCAUUCGUAUCCUCGUCAAGCGGGACGAGUUGACGUUGGAAGGUAUCAAGCAGUUCUACAUUGCUGUCGAGAAGGAGGAGUGGAAGCUGGACACCCUGUGCGAUCUAUACGAGACCGUUACGAUUACCCAGGCCGUCAUUUUCUGCAACACGAGGAGAAAAGUCGACUGGUUGACAGAGAAAAUGCACUCGCGGGAGUUCACCGUCUCCGCUAUGCACGGCGACAUGGAGCAGAAGCAGCGUGAAGUCCUGAUGAAGGAGUUCCGUUCUGGCUCGUCCCGUGUGCUCAUCACGACAGAUUUACUCGCUCGCGGUAUCGACGUCCAGCAGGUGUCGCUCGUCAUCAAUUACGACCUGCCCACUAACCGGGAGAGCUACAUUCAUCGUAUUGGCCGUGGUGGACGUUUCGGACGCAAGGGCGUUGCCAUCAAUUUUGUUACGACGGAAGAUGUGCGGAUGUUGAGGGAUAUUGAACAAUUCUAUAACACUCAGAUUGAUGAAAUGCCACUGAACGUCGCCGACCUCAUCUAG